AGGUCUACCACGAUGCCUGGGUCACUUCCAUUGAAUGCUGAAUCCUGUUGGCCCAAAGAUGUGGGAAUUGUGGCACUGGAAAUAUAUUUUCCUUCCCAGUAUGUUGACCAGACAGAGCUGGAGAAGUAUGAUGGUGUAGAUGCUGGGAAGUACACCAUUGGGUUAGGCCAGGCAAGGAUGGGGUUCUGCUCUGACCGAGAGGACAUCAAUUCUCUCUGCUUGACUGUGGUUCAGAAGCUCAUGGAAAGAAACAGCCUUUCCUAUGAUUGUAUUGGGAGAUUAGAAGUUGGCACGGAGACAAUAAUCGAUAAAUCGAAGUCUGUUAAGACUGUCCUGAUGCAGCUGUUUGAAGAGUCUGGUAACACUGAUGUAGAAGGAAUUGACACCACCAAUGCAUGCUAUGGAGGCACUGCAGCUCUUUUUAAUGCCAUCAAUUGGAUUGAGUCCAGUUCUUGGGAUGGUCGCUAUGCCCUUGUUGUGGCUGGAGACAUUGCUGUGUAUGCCUCUGGAAAUGCUAGGCCAACUGGUGGAGCUGGUGCUGUGGCUAUGCUUGUCGGUCCCAAUGCGCCGUUAAUUUUUGAGAGAGGGUUGCGUGGGACCCACAUGCAGCAUGCCUAUGAUUUCUAUAAACCAGAUAUGGUCUCUGAAUAUCCUGUAGUGGAUGGCAAACUCUCUAUACAGUGCUACCUCAGUGCUUUGGAUCGCUGCUAUACUGUCUAUCGCAACAAAAUCCACGCCCAGUGGCAGAAGGAGGGGACAGACAGACGUUUCACCUUGAAUGACUUUGGAUUCAUGAUCUUUCAUUCUCCCUACUGUAAACUGGUACAGAAGUCAGUGGCUAGACUCUUGCUGAAUGACUUUCUCAGUGACCAGAACCCAGAAACAGCAAAUGGUGUUUUCAGUGGCCUGGAAGCUUUCAGGGACAUAAAACUUGAAGAUACAUAUUUUGACAGAGAUGUGGAAAAAGCUUUUAUGAAAGCCAGUGCAGACCUCUUCAAUCAGAAAACCAAAGCUUCAUUACUUGUAUCCAAUCAGAAUGGGAAUAUGUAUACCCCUUCAGUCUAUGGUUGCCUUGCCUCUCUUCUAGCCCAGUACUGCCCAGAGCAGCUGGCAGGACAGAGAAUCAGCGUGUUCUCAUACGGCUCUGGUUUUGCUGCUACUCUGUAUUCCAUCAGGGUUACACAAGAUGCUACUCCGGGUUCUGCACUGGACAAGAUAACUGCCAGCCUUUCUGAUCUCAAAACAAGGCUUGAUUCAAGAAAAUGCAUUGCACCUGAAGUCUUUGCUGAAAACAUGAAGCUCAGACAGGAGACACAUCAUUUGGCCGACUAUAUUCCGCAGUGCUCGGUUGAAGAUCUCUUCGAAGGAACAUGGUACCUCGUGCGUGUGGAUGAGAAACACAGAAGAAUCUACGCGCGGCGCCCGCUGAUGGAGGAUGAACGUCUGGAGGCAAGAGUUGGAGUUGUCCACCCAGGCGUAGUUCAUGAGCACAUCCCAAGCCCUGCUAAGAAAGUGCCAAGAAUCCCUGCAACAACAGAAUCUGAAGGCGUUACUGUCGCCAUUUCCAAUGGGGAGCAUUAAGAUACCUCUGUGAGGUGGGGAAAGAAACAAGGUGUGAGGGUAGGGUGAGAGAGAGAGAAAAAGGAUUGCAGUAGCAUUGAAGUUUCAGUGUACAGUAGUACUUCACUGGAGCACAAAAAAGCCUGCUUAAGCUCCUUGAAAAAAUUGGUCAUAAUACGGUGUGCUGAUUUUAUAGCAUUUUCAGAACACUAAAAUAAGGAGUGUAUUGGAGAUAGAGACACUUGCCAGGUGCUGUGUGGAUUCCUUAACAUGUCUGAGUUAUUUUAAUUGCUGAGAAAUAGCUGUACUAGGUCUUUGUACAUAAAAGACAAAAAAA